AUGCUUCACGACAAAAGGCAGUCUGUGGAAUACAUCGUAGCUGAGCAUCCCGACGAACCAGAGGCCAAGCAGCCGCCUCGACGAGUCAAGCUGCAAAAGCCGCUGCGCGGUGCUGGAGCCCGCUGUGUCGAGGUCAUUGUGGAGGAAAGCCACGACGCCUCGGCAGCCGACGUCAGCGAGAACGAAGAGGAGCUCGAGGAGCAGCAGCGGUUCAAGCAGUUUAUCUCAAGCACCCAGGCCAUGGCCUCAGAGGCUGAGGAUAAGCGAUGCCCGCACGGCGUUCACCAGAUGCAUCCGUUCUACGACAGCGUGGGCAUGACGCUGGUCAUCAACGAGCUGAAGCCAGAGCGUAUGGUCGAACUGGGCCACAACACACCGUCGGCACUCCUCGAGUCGGGCAUGCAUGAGCUAUUCUGGACGGCCUACGAGCAGCUAUCGGAUCAGGGCCUGGCCGCCGCUGCGGUGACGCGUCUGUUUGACGACAAUGAAGGGCAGUAUCGGCAUCGCCCCAUGCGGCAAGUACAGCCGCAAACCGUCAGCAGGUACCUGAGUCUUGGGACACGCCUGGUCCAAUUUUUGCUGCUGCUGGAGGCCAUGCCAGCCCCCGAUCCGUCCAGCUUUCUGGGCCAGGUGCUUGCCAGCCGUGGCCCUGCGGUAAUUGAUGCCACCGUGGCUCUGAGUGUGGGCCUGGACGCUGAAAUGACCAAGAAAGAGCUGGUUGAGCCCCUCACAUCCCUGUGGCUGGCCCUGGUGGAGGUGGAGCUGAGCCUCUUUGACAACGACAAGGUGCACUUUGUCAACGUCUUCCUAUUGUGCACGGCCGUGUCCAAAGGAAGCGGCAUCCUGCAAGACAUCAGGCAGUGGACCACGACGCCCGCUGGACUGCUGUACGUUUUCAAAUUGUUCCUGCUUCGCCGUGGCAAGAAUGAGUCGUGGUCAGUGGCCAACGAGUUGAGGCCGUAUAUGCAGCCCGGGCGAUUGGUGCAUUUCUUGAGCCAGCGCAUGAGCAUGGCACGAACAGCGAGCGUGGCCGAGGGGCAGGCUGGAGUCGACGUCGACAUCCGAGCCGAUGGCGACGUGACGGACGAGACGCUGCGCACCAUUGUCUGCCGAGGUAUUGAGCUCAAUGUGGAGGAGCUCGGGGCCGCAUUGGAGCAGAUGCGCAAAGACAUGACGGAAAUAUUGGACAAGCACCUCUUGCUGGACUCACGCCUGCGGAAAGAUUACGAGAAAGAAUAUGAGCGGCUGCGAUUGAAGGAGGAUCGGACCAACAGGGUCAAGAACUGGUGGGUGGGCCAUGGCAGUCCAGCCGAGAACGCGCUGUUUGAUCACAUUGGCCAGACCCCGAGUCUGCGGCAAGAGUUUAUCCAAACCGAGCAUGGGUCCAAUGGCGAGCUGACCUUUCGAGAGGACAGGGUGCGGGUAUGGCUCCUAUAUGUGUGCAGGUUCAACGAGCUAGCCCUCACCUACACGCACAUUGCCGGAGGUCUGCCGCCACGAGCCUCUGUGUAUCAAGGGCUGUCCUACAAAAACGGCGUUGGCCGGCAACGAUCUGCGUUUUUUGCCGAGAAGCAGCUCUCCAUAUUGACCCGCGUGAGCAAGACCUACUGGCUGUCCCUGAACGAACAGCACACCUUUCGAUACAUGGACCAGGAAAUCAGCACGCUGAUAUUCAUGUAUUUGCUGCUGUGCAAGCCUCUGGAGCACAUGCUGAGCAGCUGGCUGCAAAAGCGGGGCGGGCUGGACACCCCCGACGACGAGAACGGCAUUCACAAUGCCGAGCAGGACGACGAAGAUUUCCUCGACGACGAGUUGGAUGAAGACCACAUGAGCCACGACGAGACGAUGACAUUGCGACGCGAGGUCCGGGACGCUCGAAACCACUACAACAACAGCCACCUCCUCUUCAAUAUUGCGCCCCUGCAGACGAUGGUCAGCCCAGCCACCAUUUAUGCGGCAUUUCGUCGACAAAUGACCACGUACCUGCAUCGGCCAAAGCUGGGGGUGGCCACGUGGCGACACGCCGCAACCUUCUGGAUGACGACGUUUGUGAUUAACCGACUGUCGGCCGAGACGACCGGCGCCCUGGGCAGCCUGAUCCACACUCAAGCUCAACACUCUGGGGACACGGCCCAGCGGGCCUAUGCGCGCACAGCGAGUGACCAUGUGCAAACCAAAAUGUCGUCGCGACUGAUGCAUCAAGUGGCCUCGCAAAAAUGGCAUGCUUUGUUUGGACUAGAUCGCAAGCGCAGCAUAGCCGAGUUGACCGCGAACCAAGAAGCAUUGGAAGCUCGCUAUCCCAUCAGCUGGAACCCGGUGACUGACCUCUCGCCCGAGGCAAACGGGCGUAUCAUCAUGAACACGAGGGCCGAGCAUGACGUACCCUACAUGACCCAGCUGGCCAAGCAGGCGAGCAUCUCGUGGGGCCACAGUUUCAACAGCCAAGAACAGUUGGACCUGGCUGCGGCCAUUGACCAGCACCGGCCGGAAGAUGGAUGGCUAAUUGUUGCAUUUGGUCGGGCUGGUCGCGAUAAACAGGGAGGAACUGCCGAGCUGUGGCUACCAGUGAGACGUGGGCCAGCACCAGGCAUGGAAAAGUUUGUCGAAGGCAGUGCGUGCCGCAGCUGGGCGCUCGGCAAGUUGCUAGAUCCCCGCGCCGCGACAUGCUUUGCUGCCGGCCAGCCGCUUUGUGACGUGUGCGCAGGAACAGCACAGCGCCUGGAGCCAGCAAUAGCUGCGCGCCAGCAGCGCGCUGCCCAAGCGUUGAGUGUGGCGCAUGUGGAAGCAGAGCCCGAGGCGAUGGCGGAGGAGGAAGAUGUGUUGUCUGAGCCACCUGCAGCACGGCUCGAGGAAGAAGAAUCGAUCGGGCCAGAGUCCGCUUUGGAUGUAACUUCAGCAUCGAACGUUGACACAGUCGCGUCCCCAGGACCAGGUGCCGUUGCAGCGCAGUCGAGCAGAAGCACUCUACGUGUCCAGGACACGGCUGUGGUGGCGACAAAUGCAGGGCCAAUGACGGAUGCUGCCGUGCCACGGAUACAGACGAGUGCUGCUUGGAUUGAUGAGGCAGCUACAGCAUCCAUGUCGGUGCCAGCUUCACCCAUGAUCUCUGAUGCUGAUGACGAGGCGCCUUUACAGCAAGAGGCGCGUGGCCCGGUGCAAACCACGAUGGCAGAGGACGAGAGCACGCCACAGCCAGUUAUGCAGUCAGCAGCACAGCCAACCCCCACGAAACACGCGCCAACCCCGUCGGCCUCGAUCAUUUGCGUGCCAGUACCAUCGGCCUCGGGUUCAACCUCCUCUCCGGCGCGAUCGGCUGCAAGCUCAGCCUCGGGUACACUGCGGCGUAAGCGAGUGCCGCUGGCAGCUGAAA